UUUUUUAAAGUGUCGUUUACUUCAGUGGGAAGGAAAGGAGAGGGGAGGUGUGUGUGUGUGUGUGUGUGUGUGUGAGGGAGGAUUGGUAAGAUUUUCCAGAGAGGUGGACUGAGACGGAAGCUGAACAUUUUAGUUUGAAAGUUGACUUGGAGUGACCGAGGCGCUCCCGGAGAAUGGAAGCGAGAUAAACUUCCUCACAUCUGCAGUCGGACCGUGUUUCAAAGUAUUUGCAUUAAGGCAGGGACGGGGACAAAACCAUGCCGCCGCUGUUGUCGGUUUAGUGAAGCCUGUGAGUUUAAAAAAAAAAAAAAGAGCCUAAGAAGAAGUGGAGAGAAAACCGGUUUUCCCUUGUACCCUGCCGCCGCUGCUUUUGUGUUUUUGAAUGGUGGGCUGAUUUUCCUGCGUGACAGGGCCGAGUGUCAGAGAAAAGUUAAGGCUACAGCAGCUCGCAGACUCAUCGUCACCACACCUGCUCAGAUGGAUUUGAGAUAACGCUUACAGGAGUCCUAGCCUUCCCUAUCCUCAAUUUUCAGCCUGUCCCAGAUCCUCGAAGUUCAACCAGAAUGACGGAUCCCAGUGGACUGGGCUCUGAAGGGGCAGGGUCGGGCAUGGCAGAUGUUGACGUCUGUAGUUUGGAGAUAGAGAGGAAGUAUGAUGUCAUCCCUGCCGUCAUCUGUGCGAUGUGUUGCCUGUUUGGAAUCAUCUACUGCUUCUUUGGUUACCGAUGUUUCAAAGCUGUCAUGUUUCUGUCUGGCCUGAUGUUUGGCUCGGUCAUCAUCUUCUUGCUGUGCCACAAGGAGCAUGUGCUGGACACCCAGCUGAGCGUCGAGGCCAGCGCAGGCAUCGGCAUCGGUAUAGGCCUCCUCUGCGGUCUCGUCACUAUGCUGGUACGAAGCGUCGGGCUCUUCAUGACGGGCCUGCUGCUGGGCCUUCUCCUGGCGCUCGCUGCCCUGCUAGUCACUCAACAGUUCUAUACGCCUACCACAGUCUGGGUGCCCCUAGGCACUCUUCUAGGAUCGGGCAUGCUGUUUGCUGUGCUGACACUGCAGUGGCAGAAGAUGUUCACCAUGUUCUCCACCGCCGUGUUCGGGGCAGCUAUCAUGACGGUGUGCGCUGAUUACUUUGUGGAAAUGCUGGCUUUGGCAACACACGUGUAUGAAUGCCUGCGCCUCACUCCCGGGCCGGCACUCUGUUGGUACAGCUGGGUGAUUCUGGGCAUCUGGCCUGCUCUCAGCCUCUUAGGAGUGCUGGUCCAGUGGAAAUUGACAGAUAACAGCUUCUCACAUACAGAGGUUGUCAUCAGUCGGAGACAGAAGAGAGUCCAGCUGAUGCGGAUCCGAGAAAAAGACGCCAAGAAGCGACAGCAGGCAGGUGGGCAGGAAGGCACGUACCGCCGUAAACCCACCCCAGUGAAACGUUAUGCUGGGGAUCUGCUGGCACCGAGCUACCUGCAAAGUCUGCGGGACAGACAGAUGGGCACAGGCACUUCCCUUAGCAGCUUGGGCACCGCCAACCACACCACGAUCGACUUGGACUACGACACUGGCUCCACAGUGCCUCUCACGGCUACAACUCCCGUCGUCAGGGUCUGAGCAACGCGGACAUAAGAAGGGACUACUUAAUGUGCUCUGGUUCUCCAGCUGUGUCUUCCUAAUGUAGAGUAGAACUUAAUCGCUGCUCUUCUAUCUGGGGGUUGUCGCCUUUGUACUGAUUUUCUCCUCAGUCAGUCCCAAGUGUCUAGUGAAACACAGUGCUGUUCUCUGGAGAGAAGCAAGAGGACAAGACUAAAACCACUGCAACUUCUGUGUUUCACAGAGGAAACACACUCGACUAUUUCCACUCUUCAAUGAAUGCAAUGAGCCUCAAAGACAGAUGUUUUUACUAUUUUUGUAGUGAACAUCACAAAGCAAUGCUUGACAUUACGCGUACUGUACUUCAGAAGUUAGUCAUCCCAAUGAAGUGUUGUGCUAUUACCCAUUUUACCGUUUACCUGUUCGGCUGUAGGAUUUGGGGGGAAUUUUAUCAUCACAGUAAAUUUUAUUUUGUGUAUUUCUUCAGACGGAGUUUAAUGAAAGAGUGAAAUGUGGCAUGUGGCUGCAUGGAGUAUGACACAGUGAAGCGAAAAAUGAUGAAAAGGGCUCUUUGCUGGAACCUUUAGCAGGAUCUUCUAGCAGCACUCUAACAAUUCUGUGAUCUUUAUUUCUGUUUUUGCAAUGUAGCUCCCAUCAGAAUAAAAUGGGUGAUGAGUUUAGACUGUCGUGUAUGCUUGCAGAGUCCACUUUUUAUAAUUUAAUUUAUAUAAUGACCAAGUACCUUAGGAGUGCUAAAAAAAAAAAAAAAAAAAGACAAAAAAAACAAA